AUGAGACUCGACCCUGGCCUGUUUUUGGCGGCUAGUCUGGCUUCCCUCGUGGCUGGCUCCUCGUCUGGCCCCAUCGUCAACGUCGGUUAUUCGUCUUAUCAAGGCUAUUAUGAGGCCUCUACCGGGUUGAAUAUCUGGAAGGGUAUUCGAUAUGCAUCGCCUCCCGUCGGCCAGCUACGAUGGCAGCCUCCACGACCUCCAGCCAAAGAUACCAGCCAGAUCAUCCCCGCCGUGGACCAGCCUCCUAUUUGUCCCCAAUCAGGUGCUGCAGGUACCCCUGCGAUCUACGGGUUCAACUCUAGACCCGGUGACGAGGACUGUCUUUUUCUGAAUGUCUAUGCGCCGCCUGGAGCAACCGACCUUUCCGUGUUCGUUUGGAUCCACGGGGGUGGCUAUGGGCUGUUUGGCGCCUUGUAUGAUCCAAGCCCGCUCAUGAACACCAACAACAACGCUUUCAUCACGGUGGAAAUCGAGUAUCGUCUUGGUGCAUUUGGGUUUCUUUCGUCUGCCGAGGUCUACAAACAAGGCACCCCCAACGCCGGUCUCCUCGACCAGAGAUUCGCCCUGGAAUGGGUGCAGCAACACAUCCGCAGGUUUGGCGGUGACCCCAAACGAGUCACCAUCAGCGGCGAAUCGGCCGGCGCAGGUGCGGUAAUGCUGCAGUCGCUGGCGUAUGGAGUCUGUUCGAGAAUGCAAGACUCGGUCUUCCAUCCCGGGUGUUUGGAACUGACCAGCCGUCCGCAGAUCAUCGCAGCGAGCCCAUGCUCGCCCCCCAUUUAUUCCUAUGAUGGCGCUAUUCCCACCGCGUACUACGAGCAGUUUGCAGAACAGGCCGGCUGUGGCCCAUCCACAUCUGCCAGAUCCAAGCACAAGACGACUUUUGACUGCCUUGUUGCUGCGCCUAGUGAGACGCUGCAAAAUGCCAGCGGAAUUGUCUCCGAGUCUGGACUCUUUGGCACCUUUGCCUUUCUGCCGGUUGUGGACGGCGAUAUGAUGCGUGAACGACCAUCAGCGCAGUUAAAGGCAGGCCAAAUCAGCGGUCGGCGCAUUCUCAAUAACGCCAAUGAUGGUGUCCCUCUCACCAAUCCUAACGUGAUCACUCGCGCUGCAUUCAACGAGUAUAUCGCCAAGUCUUUUCCCAGACUGACUGAAAAGGAUGUCACACUGCUGAACCGUCUUUACGGUACGGCGGACUCGCAGUCAAGCGACGACGGUCCUCGGUUUGAUACCCUCGGCAGCAGCGGCCCGACAGCGAACAACCAGUCCGAAAUGGCUACGGGCUUGCAGCAGACGGUCUUCAAUAUCUUUGCCGAAACCACCUUUGACUGUCCGGCGCAGUGGCUGGUCGAGGCCUUUGGCGGCGCUUUUCGACAGGCAUGGAAGUACCAGUACUCCGUUACGCCGGCGUAUCACGGUGCGGAUCUGGACUCCUACUUCAACAUGGGGGCCUCCUGGCCCAGUGCGGGAUUCAACCGCGCUUUUCUAAAGAUGUGGGGAAACUUUAUCAUGAACAAUAGCCCGGUUAUUCCUCUCGACGAUGCGACCGCCAAGAACAGCCAAGCCGUGGUUCCUGUAGGACCAAAUGGCGAUCUGGGCUGGCCGCAGUUUCUUCCGACGUCUCCCUGGCAGAUGGAUCUCAACACCACUGGAGGGACCGUCAGUCAGGUUGUGGUCACGCCAAACCUGACCUACUAUGUUCGGGAGGGAGACGAUGUCGUCAAUCACUUCCAUUUGGCCAACGCCUACACCUGGGAAGGGGGACGCGGACGGCGUUGCGCAUUCUGGCGAGAAGUUGCAGAUCGGAUUCCCCUAUGA